CACUCGUAGCUCAUCAGUCGCCGGAUGUGACUCUGGCCAAUAAGAUCACAAUACGGAUAUAUCCCAAAUCGAAGUGGAGCUAACUAACUUGGUGUAUGUGUGGAUUUGGACAGUGCUUGUGGCAAGGACUUUUGUGUGAAGCUAUUAAAGAUAAAAACAAAAUAUAUUGACUAUAUCAAGGGAAUACAAAUACGUGACUAAAAUGUUUGUGGAAAAAGUGCUGGAGCGCACCACCAAUUUGGAGCUAUGCUCCAUUCUGAUCCUCCUGGUGAUCAGCCUGAGCAUCUACACAUUCUACGCCACCCUGAACACGUACUUGAGAUCGGUUCUCCUCUCGCUGAGACUCACGGGUCCGCCAUCGCUGCCAUUUCUGGGCAACUGCAUGCUGGUCACGGAUAAGGACUUGAUGCGCAGAUGUGCCGGCAAGGCCUUCGAUCUAUAUGGAUCUCUGGUGCGGAUCUGGGUGCUGCUCUUUCCCUUCUUUGCUGUCCUGGAGCCGGAGGAUCUGCAGGUGAUACUCUCCUCGAAGAAGCACACCAACAAGGUCUUCUUCUACCGACUGAUGCACAAUUUCCUGGGUGAUGGGCUGAUAACCAGCAGUGGUUCCAAGUGGAGCAAUCAUCGACGGCUCAUCCAGCCAGCGUUUCAUCACAAUCUGCUGGAGAAGUUCAUCGACACCUUUGUGGAUGCCUCGCAAUCGUUGUACGAGAAUCUGGAUGCCGAAGCCGUGGGAACGGAGAUAAAUAUUGCCAAGUACGUGAACAACUGUGUACUGGACAUACUAAAUGAGGCCGUUUUGGGUGUGCCGAUCAAGAAAAGAGGUCAGGAUGUGGCCAUGAUGGAGGACUCGCCGUUCCGCCAGGGCAAGAUCAUGAUGCCCGCGCGGUUUACGCAACCCUGGCUGCUGCUGGACGGGAUCUACCACUGGACCAAGAUGGCCAACGAUGAGCUUAACCAGAAGAAGCGCCUCAAUGACUUCACACGCAAAAUGAUCCAGAGACGUCGCCAAAUCCAGAACAAUAAUAAUGGCAAUAGCGAGCGAAAGUGUCUGCUCGACCACAUGAUCGAGAUCUCCGAGAGCAAUCGGGACUUCACCGAGGAGGAUAUCGUCAACGAGGCCUGUACCUUUAUGCUGGCUGGCCAGGAUUCGGUGGGUGCCGCCGUGGCUUUCACUCUCUUUCUGCUGACACAGAAUCCCGAGUGCCAGGAUCGCUGUGUCCUGGAGCUGGCGACCAUAUUCGAGGACAGUAAUAGAGCUCCCACGAUGACGGAUCUGCACGAGAUGCGUUACAUGGAGAUGUGCAUCAAGGAGGCACUGCGUCUGUAUCCCAGUGUCCCGCUUAUUGCUCGUAAACUGGGCGAAGAGGUUCGCCUGGCAAAGCACACAUUGCCCGCCGGCAGCAACGUUUUCAUUUGCCCCUAUGCCACCCAUCGUCUUGCCCACAUUUAUCCCGAUCCGGAAAAGUUCCAGCCGGAGCGAUUUUCGCCCGAGAACUCCGAGAACCGUCAUCCCUACGCCUUUUUACCCUUCAGCGCUGGACCGAGAUAUUGCAUUGGCAAUCGAUUCGCCAUCAUGGAGAUCAAGACCAUAGUGUCGCGCCUGCUGCGUAGCUACCAGCUGCUUCCUGUAACCGGAAAGACAACCAUUGCGGCCACCUUCCGGAUUACGCUGAGAGCCUCCGGCGGACUGUGGGUGCGACUCAAGGAGCGCGAUCAUCCGCUAAUCGCACAUUGAUUACCAUUGAACUAAAUAAGAUUACUGAUCCUGCGUUUUCGUUACAUUAACUUUAAUUAGUAUGGUAAAUAUGUAUAUAAAUCGAUACAAUAAUUUAAACACUUAGCUUCCUCUAGCCUAAGUACAGUUCCCUCUGAACGGAGGGAGUGCAUCCGCUUGAAUGCAGACAUACAUACAUAUAUCCUACUGUGAGUGGGUAGACGUGUGUGUGUGGGUGGGUGGGAUGCUGAUCCGCAGUCGCAUUCAUAUUCGAGUGUUUCGUAAAGUUUCUCUGGGGUAUAUAUAUAUAUUUUUUACUUAAACAAUGCUAUAUCUGCUUUAUCUGUAAUAAAGUUAUGCUCGUCGGCAUUUAACCGACUUAAACUAGGACGUG